AUGGCGAUGGCGACCGGGAAUAGGGGCGAGUUUUGCAAGUACAAACUACAAACCGAUGCAAAUGAGGAAAUGAAUUUACGUUCAAAAUAUGAGGAAAUGAAAGGCUUACGUGCGGCAGCACUGUUGAAUGAGAACGUCAUGCUGGCCUUGAGGAAGGCCGGGAGGAGCGCAAACUUGUCGACAGGCUUCCUGACCGGCGCUGCCAACGAAUGGAAAUGGGGUUUUGAGAAACUCGUCUUCCGUAAUUCGAUCACUGGAGUCAGGCGAGAUCGCAAAUAUGCAAUCAAAGCUCGGAACGCAUACUCCACAGGUGUACACAUGUCCCAAAAUGUCAUCGGUAGGACAACCCACAAGACAGAAAGCUUGAUCCGAUACUACCAUUACCACAACUCGAUCAACGUCAUGGGGGAGCCCUGCAGAGAAUUCGUGCCGAAACCCACUAAUGGAAGCAAGGUAAUGUUUGAGGGGAUACCAUAUGUCUAUGAUGACAACAUGAAGCGCAUGGCAGGGGAGAUCAAACACUUCGAGGAGGAGACACUUGGAACCAUCCGUACAUAG